AGGAUCAAUGGCAUUUGCACCUCAUUCAGGACAAAGAUUUGGCACUCUCUUCAUCUAACCAUACUUAGAAUCCUACAGCCAAACUUAUUAAUGAAAUUCCCUCUCACAGUUAAAAAUAAAAAACAAAAAAUACUGAAUAUGAAUGUGGAAGAAAAGCAAUUUGAUGUUUGUAAUUAUCGAGGUAAACUCCAUGACCUGCUGAAUGUAUGCAAAAUGGACCCUGGAUGGUGUAUAUAAAAGUGGCAUGUGCAGGGAAUAAGAGCAAGUAUUGAGACUUCUUUCUGGUAGAGCAAGUCAUCAUACAGGACCUCUACCAUGAGCAAUAAGGGCGCUUCACUGAAAGGUUUGUUGCUGGCAGCCCUUCUGGUAUCCAACCUGCUCCUGACAAAGGAAGGAGUGACCUCCUUACCAAUCUGCCCCAAUGGAUCUGUCAAUUGCCAAGUUUCCCUCGGGGAACUUUUUGACAGAGCAGUUAAACUUUCACACUACAUCCACUUCCUCUCUUCAGAAAUGUUCAAUGAGUUUGAUGAACGCUAUGCUCAGGGCCGGGGUUUUAUUACAAAAGCUGUUAAUGGCUGCCACACUUCCUCCUUAACCACUCCUGAAGAUAAGGAGCAAGCUCAGCAGAUUCAUCAUGAAGACCUGCUAAAUUUAAUACUGGGAGUGCUGCGCUCCUGGAAUGAUCCCCUGAUCCAUCUGGCCUCUGAAGUACAAAGAAUCAAAGAAGCUCCAGAUACCAUCCUCUGGAAGGCUGUAGAGAUCGAAGAGCAAAACAAGCGGCUUCUAGAAGGAAUGGAGAAAAUAGUAGGGCGGGUUCAUUCUGGCGAGAUUGGAAACGAAAUUUACUCUCCAUGGGAAGGCCUUCCUUCCCUGCAACUUGAUGAUGAGGACUCCAGACUCUUUGCCUUUUACAACCUGCUGCAUUGCCUCCGCCGAGAUUCCCACAAAAUCGACAAUUAUCUCAAGGUUCUGAAGUGCCGCCUAAUCCAUGAUAGCAAUUGUUAAUUACUCAUGGGCCUGAUCACUUACUGAAAUCAUUUAUCAUGGUGUUCUUGUUGCUUUGCCACUUUUCAUUACAAACUUUAUGAAAAGUCACACUGUACAGUAUCGGGAUCAUCAGUACUUUUCAGGCAUGUUUGUGUGAAUUCUGGCUGCAACAAUUAGGAUCAUUUAUCUUGGUGUUUUAAAAUGUUAUAAAUACUUGUAUGACAAGAAUACACUUUUCUGUCUAAUCUAAACUCCUCACCUAGUAGAUUUCAAUGGUAAUCAGAUAAUGUAGAUAAAAAUAAAAACGUUAUUAAAUCCAAAA